UCGCCGGCGGCAGUCGCCCCGCACGAACAGAGCGCAGCGUCCCGUCCCGUCACCCGGUACCCCACAGGAGCGGCCAGCGAGUUCAGGACGUUCCGAAGUCUCCGAGUGAAGUUAGACCUGCCAACCCGCGCAGCAUCGCCAUGCGACUGAUCCUGGCCGUGCUGCUGCUCACGUCGGCGAGCGUCGCCGUCCGCAUGGGCAAGAACGUCGUGUUUCAGCUGGAAGGCGAAACGACGCAAACGUUUGAGAGCGACCCGGCGCGGGAGGUGCGCGUCGACGAGGUGCUGAAGGUGCAGCUGUCGCCGAUCGGCCUCAAGGGAGAGCGGCCCUCGCUGAAGACGCCCGUCUGGCUGUAUAUCUCUGCGCGCGACGACCGCCACCACUGGGUGAUGCCCUGGCAGCCGGGCGGCGGACACAUCUACCAGUGGCUCGAGGUACUGCUCUGCCACAACGAGCGCUCCCUCGAGCUGAUGGCCGUGACGAACGCGACCAUGCCGCUGCCAAUGCGCUGGCGCGUCUCCACGGAGAACGUCAAGCUGGGCGAGAGGGUGACCACGAUGAAGUCUACGCCGGCAGACGUGUCGUACCGCCGCUUCAGCUGGGCCGACGUCGAAGCCAAAGCCGUGGACCUGGAGGUGAGCACGUUCCGCGGCGGCGACGAGUGCGCCGCACUGGCCGUGGCGCGCCGGUGCGUCAUCCACCCGCACCAGCUCACCGACGACCACCUCCUCCAGCGGAUUCACUUCGCCCGAUCGGCCAAACUCUCCGUCUCGCGCGCCGACGCGCCCGACGGCUUCUGGCUGUACCUGAUCCCUGAGGCGGACAACCGCAGGUGCGCAGCCACCGCGCACCGCAAGCCCUCCAAGCUGCCGCCCGCGGCCAAAACCAUCCGGGUGAGCGCUCAGACGCGCACCUACGAGCUAUCCGGGCCCACGCCGCAGCCGGUGGUCGACGAGCUGCCCGUCGGCGACUCUCUGGCAGGCGGCGACGGCGGCGGCUGGGCGCAGUCGCCGCUCUCUGAGUGCCAGGACAAUCUGCUGCAGUGUGAGCAGCGGUGCCCGUCCGGCUGAGUGGCGCCCGGCGCAGACCGGGGACGCGGAACCACAGCGGCGGUGAGGCGGCGCACUCGCAGCCCACGGCGGUUCGGCGACCGGUGGUGGCGGCACGGCACAUGGCUGAUGUUUUCGAUUAAGUAUGUAUAUUAGUCGGCAGCCGAUUGGGAGGGGCAGUAGAUAUUCAUCGACAGUCGGUCGCAUGUCUACUGUCUGCAACUGCACAAGGAUUGUGCGAUUCCUAUGUGUGUUUCACUUGUCUGGUGCUUUCCACACGGCUGUAAGGGGUGAAAACCAAUAUAUGGAACAGUUAGACAGA